CACAAAACUACAAACCUCCCUUCCCCUCUCCGUCUUUGCGUGGUGCCGUCGGGGAACCGGAGCUUCUCAAGGACCUAGCCCCGGAUCGUCGCUCGCAGACGGACAAGCGCGCACGCGUGCCCGUGCAUUAUUAAGAAGCACGGUUGGCUACGUACGGCGCGAAAGAAGUUUCGGCACGCAAGUCACACGUUGCAACGACCCAUUUCUUUUCUCAGACGGACAACUUUCGCCCUGAGAUUUUUGUUUUAGGGGGGGGGGGAGGGUUUGAGAAGAUCUUCGCUUGGCGCGGCGCCUUUCACCGUUGAAGCGAUCGUUUAGCGCGGCUCCAGGCAAGGAGGCAUGUCGGGCCGAGGCGGCAACACGGCCGAAGGGUCGGCGACAAGGCCCGGCCAUGGGCCUCCGUCGGGCCCAGCGGACGGUCCGCCCACGCACCUGCAGCGGCCCCGCUUGGGCUACGUGGAGGGCAUCCCCAUGGCGGAGGUGUUCUUCCAAGACUGGGAGGAGAAGAGCGCCUUCCGUGCACAGCCCGAGGACAUCGUCAUCUCCACCUACCCCAAAUCAGGGACGACGUGGCUCCAGGAGAUUGUGGACGCCAUCCUUGGUCGCGGGGACGUCGAGCGCUGUAAGCGAGCGCCCACCGACAAGCGGGUGCCCUUCCUCGAGAUGUCGGCGGUGCCCGACUUCAGCAUUCUCAGCGGGAUUGAUCAGAUUGAGCAGCUUCCAUCUCCCCGAGUCAUCAAAACGCACCUCCCCUACCAGCUGGUGCCCAAAUCAUUCUGGGACAAUAACUCCAAGGUCAUCUACCUGGCCCGCAACGCCAAGGACGUGAUGGUGUCGUGCUUCUACUUCGCGAAGAUGAACUUCGGACAACCGGACCCCGGUACCUGGGACGAGUACUUCCGUACGCACCUGGACGGCGCAGUCCCGUGGGGGUGCUGGUGGGAUCACGUGCUCGGGUAUUGGGACAAGAGGGAGCAUCACCGCAUCCUCUACCUCCUCUACGAAGACAUGAAGGAGAACCCCAGAGCUGCAGUGGAGCAGGUGGCCGAGUUCCUGGAGGUCCGCCUGCCGGAGGAGGCGCUGGAGAAGAUUGUCCACCACACGAGCUUUGAGCAGAUGAGGGACAAUCCCAUGGCGAACUACACUUCGCUGCCCAGCUGCGUCAUGGACCACUCCGUGUCGCCCUUCAUGCGCAAAGGCUCGGUGGGUGACUGGCGGAACCACUUCACGGUGGCGCAGAACGAGGAGUUUGACGAGGUGUACGCAAAGAGGAUGGCCGGCACCUCCCUCUCCUUCCGACACGACCUGCCGCAGGGGCUCGCGGGGCGGGCGGCGGUGGAUUCUUGAAUCCAUCCGUGCGGGGUCUUCUCCGCCACUCCACCCCUCCUACCCCCACCCCAGAGGUCGCAAACGGGUUUUGAUUCCUUACCCGUACCCGGCCGCACCAGGGUCGCAAACGCGUAACCCGUACCCGGCCGGGUAUGGGUACCCGUACGCUACCCGUACCCGUACCCUACCCGAAAUGAGUGACAAACGGUUACUCACCGGUGACUCACGGCCUACCCGUACCCGUACCCGGCCGCACCAGGGUCGCAAACGGCCGGGUAUGGGUAGCCGGGUAUCGGGUAGGGUACGGGUUAUCGGGUACCCGGUUGCGACCUCUGCCCCACCCUCUGUCGUGAUCGUAGGAUUUUCUUCUGGGGGGCACGCGAUUGGUUUUACUUCCCAGGCCGCUCGGGAGGAUAUGAGUUUGAUCGAAACAUUCCAGUGGAGCGGCACUAAUCCGGAAAAACGAUCCUUGAGACUCACUGAAGAUUUCGUGGGUUAAAAAGGAAAUUGUAAUUAUUGCUCUUUAUCGCGACGGUUGUUAUUCAUAACACAGGUUGUUGUUUUUUAGGGGGGGGGUUAGAUCGCGUAAAUAUAAAUGCGUCGUUAAAGCCCGCCACCACCUUUCACGGCCGAUUGAACAGCCAAGUAAAUGGAACGUGGCCAUCUUCCACGUAGAAUGGAAAUAAUAAAAUAAUAAAAAUAAAACAUAAUAAAAUAAUUCUCACGACGUUUCGGCGACAACGCAAGCAGCCGUCCUCAGGUGGAGAACAGGUCUGUCGAGAAGACAGAGUCUGAAUGAAACACCCCAGGCUUGGAGCGACUAUUUAAGCUGGGAUGGAGGGGGGAAGAGCGCCUUGACAAAAUAAUUUGCAUGUCAAGAGGAAUUUAGCAUAAUUAUGGGAAAUGCAGAUAUGCGAUUAGUACUACUUGUAAAAUAAGUAGGAGGUGGCCAAUUCGUUACUAGCGUAGCGGCAUCGUUGAGUGCUGUACGCGAUUGCCACGACUCGUGGCCUGUAAUAACGGCCUCGAGUCAACAGGGGGCAGAAGGGAGUCUAAUGGUGAUGAGUCAGGCCGUUGGGCCAACGUUAUCCCCCAGACUCCCAGGAAGGGGGCUGGGCAGAGGUCACAACCGGGUACCCGAUACCCGUACCCUACCCGAUACCCGGCUACCCGUACCCUACCCGUACCUGGCCGGGUAGCCGUACCCGGCCGGGUACCCGUUUGCGAUCCUGGUGCGGCCGGGUACGGGUACGGGUAGGCCGUGAGUCACUGGUGAGUCACCGUUUGUCACUCAUUUCCCAACGUCUUGUCUCUUCUCACAAUUCAAGUUCCUAGAAUCAACCCACCCGCGCCUGCAACAUGGCUUCAUCCCAGAGGUCGCAAUCAGGUACCCGAUACCCUACCCGAUACCCGGCCGGGUACGGGUAGGGUACGGGUACGGGUACCCGUUUGUGACCCUGGUGCGGCCGGGUACGGGUAAGGAAUCAAAACCCGUUUGCGACCUCUGGGGCUGGGGGAUCACGUCACUCCCCAGGCCCCUCCAGACGGUUCCAGAAGGGAGGAGUGGCCAGGGGCAGAAUGAGCCAGAAUCCGGUAUAAAAGACGGUCCCCUGAACGGGACCGCAGUCGUCGUUUACCUGAAGACUCAAGAGCCACCUUGGAGCUGCCACCUUGAAGUCCCGAAGCGAAGAGCCCAAAGUGCUGAACCUGAACCCCUGGCUAGGGUCGGGUCAAAGCUUAACCAGUGAAGAGGUUAGAGCGUAACCAGUGUUAGGGCAGGCUAGCCUGGAGGGAAUACCUCCCUAGGUAUCGGGUGGAAGGGGCCCGUACCCCUUUGUGUUAUUGUAAUGUUGUGCUGCCUCGGGAAGAAUGAAGUCUACUAAUAGGGGUUUUCCCCUUUUUUCUGGCAACACAACUGACACCUUUUGCAAGGAAUCAUGCUUACAUUAACCACAAUACUUGCAGUCAAAUGCAAACAAAAAACAAUACUCUGAUCAUUUAUGCAUUGUCUUUGAAACUGAUUGGUCCACACCAGAGACAGCUUUCUUUAGAGCCUAGUCUCAUAUGGUGUUCGACCAGAUGACGCCAAAAGGCGCACAGUUCAAAGACAACGCAAUACCAGAGUAAUGAGAGUUUGGGGUGAGAGGUCCCAUGAUGAAAGAGUGAAGUCCUCUCAAGUUUGUACCCACUACACUAGUACAGCAAAUCCACAACAUUUACAAUGUUUCCUCUCCAACGCACAACCGGUGUGCCGUUCUAGUAACGAAUUGGCCACGUUCUGUUGACCUGACGGAACCUUCACUAAUUUGGCCGCGUCGGGUGGUGGCGAGUUUAACGACACAACAAAUAUAUUUACGCGAUCUGACUCCUUCCCCCCCUCCAAAAAAAAUAAACCUGUUAUGGUCGAUAACCAUCCAGAACGUUGUCGUGUGAGCGGUUCCAUGGAGGGGGACGAAACGGGUUUAUAAGGCGCAUGUGUCCACCCCCACCUCCUCCUCCCCCUAGUUUCUGGUGUAUCGCUCACCCUUACACCCUCAAAUUAUAGGCCGUGACGAUAUUUUUUUAUAUAUGCAUCAUUAUCAAUGUUGAUUUCCUGCUAUUAAACAACGAUUACUAACAAAA